AUAGAUGAUGUUCUUAUUUUGACAAAAACAGUAUUACCAAAGGUUAAGAAAAAUGUCAAAAUUUCGGACAAAAAUUUCACAAUAUUAUAAAUGUUUGUUUAAUUAUGACAAGAUAUGUACUGGGAAUUGAUUUAGGUACCACGUCAAUUAAAGUAUCGAUUUUUAAUGUAGACACCAAAGAAGUAGUAGAUCAAUGCACACAAGUUACCAACAGUGACGUCGCUGUAGAAAUAGAAGGUGCCCAUGAACAAUCUGUCCCCAAAAUUAUAGACGUACUAAACUCGUGUUUAGAGAAAAUCAAACCUAAUUUUCGUAGAAUCAUUAGCAAAAUCGGAGUGUGCGGUCAAAUGCACGGAGUAGUCUUAUGGAAAACUGAAAAUGGUGAUAAACCCUGGAAGUUCAUUAACAACGGAUACCAAAUUGAUGAACAGAAAGUCUCGAAUUUAUAUACUUGGCAAGACGGCAGAUGUAAUCCAAAGUUUUUGCAAUCGUUACCCGAACCGGAAUCACAUCUAGGCAUAUCUACAGGAUUCGGCAUCCCCACCAUCUUCUGGUUAAAGAAAAAUACACCUAAACAACUCAAAAAAUAUAACCGUUCAGGUUUGAUAUCCAGUUUUGUAGUAGCAAUGUUAUGCGAUCAAGAUCAAGUCUAUACAUCUUAUCAAAACGCUGCUAGCUGGGGAUAUUUUACCUGCAAGGAUUUGCAGUGGAAUUUACGUAUAUUAGAAAAAGCUAACUUCCCCGUAGAAUUACUACCAGAAGUCAAAUCUAGUGGAGUAUUUGUUGGAACUUUAUCUCAAAGCUGGUAUGGUAUACCUGCAGGUAUACCGAUCGGAGUAGAUUUAGGCGAUCUUCAAUGUUCUGUAAUAUCUACCAUAGAAACACUAGAAGAUGCAGUGAUAAAUGUAUCUACUUCUGCACAGGUUGCUUUUGUUACUAAUAAUUAUACACCAACUAACGGUCCCCCAACAAUAGAACCCUUAAGUUUUUGGCCAUAUUUUAAUAACAUGUACGUUGGUGUGGCUGCUUCUCUAAACGGAGGAAACGCACUGGUUUUCUUCGUUGACAUGUUGGAAGCCUGGUUCUCAGAUUUGGGGGUAAAUUUAAAUAAGAAUACUUUGUGGGAUACACUUAUUAGAGUUGGUAUAAACAACAUAUCAGAUCCGACGUUAGAUAUCAAACCAACAUGUUUAGGAGAAAGAUUCGAUCCUAACUUAACGGCUUCUGUUACGAAUAUAACCGGUUUAAACCUAUCCCUAGGAGAAGUUUUUAAAGCACUAUGUAGAGGACUUGUAGAUAAUCUCCAUAGUCAGCUAUCAUCGACGACACUCAAGAAAUCAAAGUGCAAUAGAUUGGUUGGCACUGGAUUAGCUUUAGACCAAAAUAUGCUGCUCAGAAAUGAAGUGGAAAGAGUAUAUCAAUUACCAUUAGUUUGCAAACGUGUAGGUGAUGCUAGUAAAGGUGCAGCUCUGGCGCUUUACAUUUAUGGUGAACCUGAAACACUCAAAAGUCCUAAAAGAAAAAUUUCUUUGACGAAUUCAAUGAAUAAUGAUCUUAAUGAAGUAGCAAUGACAUCUAUUGCAAAUGACACUACAUAUUAUUCAAUGGAUGGUACUACAUAUUAUUCAAUGGAUGGUACUGCCCAAUUUUCAAAACCAUUCUCAGAAGAUAAUGACGUAGUAAUAACAAGUACACCAAGACAUAGUGAUUCAGCAAGAACGGAAUUACCAAGUUUUUCACCUAUAGCGCGUAGAAGAACUGAAAAAUUAGAUCCAGAUUCAUGUUCAAUAGGAACUGGUAGUUUAAAAUGUGAUAUAACAAAGCCAUGUCAAUGUCCAGCUACUUGUAAAUGCAACAGUAAAAAUACUAAAAAUUAUCUAAUCAUUUUAUUGAGUGACCCAGAUACGGACAUUAGUACAAAUAACGCAAAAUAUCCGGUUGACCAUUUUUCUGAAGUUUCCGGAACAUUGCCAGCACAUUCUAAGGAUUUACAAAUAAGAUUUUCAAAAAACAAAACAGAUGGUAAUUCGCAAUUUUCUUCAAAACCUAACGGUUUAACAAUAGAUUCAGACUACUAUAAUUACUACCAUAAUUCGAUUGAUGACGCUUCUCAAUUUUCUCAAUCUUCACCUCCUACUACUAACGAAUUACCAAUUUUAUCCGCAAAAAAUAAAACUAACCGUUAUACGGUUGAAUCACCCUCUUUUCGAAGACAUAAUGAUUUACCAAUAGAACUACAAACAUUUUCUAUGGAUGGUGCCUCUCAAUUUUCACGCUCAUAUUCACCAAUCACUAGUGAUUCGCCAACAUCGAGAACAAGAUCCGUUCCUUUUCAAAAAGAAGAUAAGCUAAAAAAUGUUAAUACACAAAAAAGCAAACCAAGAUCAGGUAUUUCUUCAGGUCUAUCUCCACUCCCUAGUUCGGCACCAAUGAAAACUUCACCCGAUUAUAAAGAUUUUGGAAAACCACAUACAACUUCACCAAAUCCAGAUCCAGCCUCUACUUCAACACCACGUAGAUCAUUUGGACAAUCAUCAGAUUCUGUUUCAAGACCAUCCACGUUAAAAAAGAACAACACUAAUAGUAACUCAGAUGAGGAUUAUACCAAAUUUUUACUUUUGCAGAAGUCACCACGAAAUAGUGAAUUACAAACAGAAUCAAAAAAGUACAAUACGUUUUCGAUUGAUGGUAAUUCUCAAUUUUCACACAUAUCUACACAAACGACAGGUGAGUUCACAACAACAAUAACAACACCUUUUCAUUUUCAUGAAAAUAAAAAUAUAAGAAAUGGUAAAAUACAAGAAGGUAUAGUACGUAGAUCAAACUUCCCUUCAGAAUCAGCUGCAGUAAAGACUAAUGAUUUAUCAUCACGACACACCAGAAAUUUACCAAAAACUAGUGAUGUAUCGCAAGGUUACAAAAAGUACAAAUAUUACAAUUCUCAAUACCAGCAAACAACUGAUUCACAAAAAUAUAGUGAAUUGCCAAAUGAGCCUAAAAAGUACAAAACGUUUUCUAUGGAUGACGCUUCUAACUUUUCACACAUAUCUACGCAAACAACUAGUGACUCGGUAACAUCGAAAAUGAAACCAUUUCAAUUAUCAGAAGAAGAUCAAAGAGAUGAAAUACAAAAACACAAACCAACAUCAGAUCUCUCUUCGGGCAUAUCUCCACACUCGACUUCAGCACCAAUGAAAACCAGUGAUUUACCAAGAACACAAACUAAUAAUAUACCUAAAUCGUUUACUAAAAAUAAAACUAACAAUUUGUCGGUUGAUUCUGGUAAAUAUAAAUAUUUUAAAAAUUCGUUUGAUAGUGAUUAUGAAUAUUCUGAAUCAUCACCUCCUCAAAAAACUAAUGAUUUGCCAACGACAUCAAAAUUGAAAACUAGCGAUAAAAUAGAAUAUUUAUGGACACCACGUCAACAAUCAGCAAAAACAGUCACCAGAUCAGUUCAAAUAUCACCUCAAGAUUUAAAAAGAUCAGGUGCAAGAUCAUUUCCAAUAUCAUCUUCACAAUCAACUUCACCUGAAUAUAACAACUUGAGACAACUAGAUAAAAAUUUAUUCAAUGAUAAUAAAGCUCCUACAACAGAUGUAUCCUCUAGAUAUUAUUCAGAUUCUGAGUCAGUUACAACAUCAACCCAUUUAAAAGAUAUUUAUUUGCCAUCAGCAUCAACAAAAAAUAACACCAAUUACCAUAUAGAGGAAGAGGAUUCUCUAUUUAUAUCAACUAGAUCUCCGCCAACUGGUGGUGAAUUUGAAACAAAUAUUAGUAAUCGUGACUUAGACGAUGACUAUUCUAAGUUUUUACUUUUGCAGAAGUCUACUUCGCCAGAAGACAGUGAUUUAUCAAUAGAACCGAGAAAGUAUAAAACUUUUUCGAUCGAUGACUCUUCUGAAUUUUCACAUGUAUCUACACAAACAACUAGUAACUUAGCAGACUCUAUAGCACCACCUACUCAUUUUCAAGAAGAUAAAUUAAAAAGUAGUUACACAAAAAAUACAACUUUACCAAAAUCUACUCAAACAACAAAAUUAGCAUCUGGAAUCACAUCUUAUCAAAUUCCUAGAUCACGAGACUUACCAAUAACAACAAACAAUAAUGGAAAAUAUACAGAAGAAGGGUCAUCAAAAAUUACAGAGACAGAAAAUAGUUCUACAAAGUACAAAAAUUUUUCUCAAAUUUCACUUACAUCAUCGUCAUCACAAAAUAGUGACUUGCAAAUAUCGAAAACAAUACCAAAAAAAGAUAAAACAAGAAAUGAUGAUAUAUUGGAAUAUAAAGAAACAUCAUCACCAACAUCUAAUGAUAUACCAUUAAAUUCUGAAAAGUAUAAAGCAUACAAUGAAACUGCUGAGAUAUCUAUAGAGUCUAGUAAUAUACACGAAUAUUUACCAACACCAACUGUAGAACCACCAUCAGUUGAAAGAUCAGCUGCAAUAAAAUAUAAUUUACCAGCUACAAAUGACGAAAUUUCUUAUUUACCACUCCCACCAACAUCUGCUUCGCCAGAAAAAUCAGUGCCAAUUAAACAAAGUGAUUCAGAUGGAAAAUUUAAAUCAUUUGUAAACACAAAACCAAAGUAUUUAUCAACAGCAACUUCAAUAUCAGAUCUAGUUCCGAAUACACCAUCAAACCUAAGAUUAGCUACAAUAAAAAAUGGCAAACCAAAAGAUUCAGAAGGAUCUCGUAAAACGAAUAACCUAGAUGUAUCUCCAUAUCAGUCAUCAGCUUUUCCAUUAACAUCAAAAGAUAGUGAUGUGAAAGGACCUCCAACGCCAAUAAUGAGUGGUAUAUUGGUAGAUACUAUACCAACGCAUUUAAUAGAAUCGACUUUAAUUAGUGAUUUAACAGCAAUAAAUCGAGCAACAUCCGACUUAUCAUUAGAUGAUUUUUGGGAAAGUCCGCCCACACCAAUAAUGAGUAAUAUAUUAAUACCGACUAUACCAAACUAUUUAUCAUCAAAUGCAAUAACUGAAAAUAAAAUUAGUACAUUUUCAACCAUUAUUAGACCAAUAUCAACUCUAUUUUCCACUUUAACAUCACCUCCAACUCCUACAGAAGAACAUGAUACUGAAAAAUUUUCUACACCUGAAAUAUUAGUAACUCCAUCAAUCUCAGAAAAUUUAUCAGCUACAGUAUCAGGUUCAGCUUUGGGUAAAAAAUCAGUGCAAACAGGAAAAACAGUUUCAACUUCAACUCUAGAACCAACACUAAGAACACUUUCUAGGUCUGUUUCGGAAGAAAGCGUUCCGGAACAACCAGGUACCCCUGUAAUAAGUAAUAUUUUGGUACCAAAUAUACCUAGAUAUUUUCAAUCUACAAUUUCAGUAUCGAGUUCAAAAUCAGCUAGAAGAUCAGCCGCAUCAUUACCGAAGUCCGAUCAAAAGUAAUCUAUAUUGUAACCUAUAAAUUUGUAAUUGUAAUUAAAAAUAUAAAAUAAUAAA